CUUGUCGAGAGCGAAGGAGGUGGACGGCGGCCCGACAGCACACCAGACAAGCCCGUUCCCAAUUGCAGCUGCCUCAUCACUCCCCUCUCUUUUUACAGCGAGCCGACCCUCGCUUCUCAAUUGUUUUCCUUUUCUAACUACAUUGGGAAUCCGCCUUCCGACAUUCGGCUCCUUCCCACCACCAUUUUCACAAGUCGAUCACAAUGGAGGCCAUGGUAACAAGACCGGCAGUCACCUGCUGCCGGCGGGUCACAUUCUCGGGCCCGACAUCAUCCCGGCUCGUGCUAAGCAACACCGCCACGACCCUGCCCUCGGGCACCCGCCAGAAGUCGACGGCGGCCCGCACACGGGGCGCGCUCAACAUACCCCCGCACGACUCCUUCCUCAACCCCAACAGCAGCGCCGCCGACCGCAAAGCCCGCCCGACGACGGGGCAGAUCAUCUACAACCCGCCGUCGUCCGCCGCCUCCGUCUUCCACACGCCCUUCAUAUUCCUCCCCAAGGAAGACCCGCGGCGGCGCGCCAACCUCGGCUCCGAGCUCUUCGCCGCCUCCACAACCAUCCACUACCCCUCCAACAACAAGAACACCACCACCACCACCAACACCAACCAACCCCAAUCACAAACCACCACCACCACCACCAGCACCAACCCCAACCAGCCCUCAGCAGCAGCAGCAGCGACGGACUUCCCCUCCAUCGAAGGCGAGCCCCGCUACCGGGCGCGGCACCACCUGACCAAGGCGGACAUCGAGGAGAUGCGGCGGCUGCGGGCGUCCGACCCGGUGGGGAACAGCGUGCAGGCCCUGUCGGCGCGCUUCCGGUGCAGCAAGCUGUUCGUCAUGAUGUGCUGCCAGGCGCCGCCCGAGCACCGCGACCGGGUGCAGGCGGAGCUGGACGCGGCCAAGGCGCGCUGGGGCCCGCGGCGCGCGGCGGCGCGCGGGGAGCGGCGGGCGCGCAUGGGCAUGCUGUUCAAUGGCGAGUUAUGA